AUGCCUCUCAGAUUGUGGCUUCAUCUCAACAACAGUGUUGUAGAGUCAGGUAAUUCAAAUUUUAAAGUAACUGAGGAUAUUUUGAGAAAUGUGAGACAUUUAGAGCAAGAUUUUGACAAUAGUGGUAAUAUUGAACAAGAUGUAUGCAUCACCUAUUCUUCACAACUAUGCGGCUCUAAGGACCCAAAAAUACAUCAAUGCUUAAUCUGAUGCUCACAAAACUAUUGUUUCAUUCACUAAGAUCAUAUUUAAGUAGAAAGCU